AGUUCCUGUCCGCCGUCGCAGGGCACUGGCCAGUCCGACCAGUCCUUGACUAGCUGUCAUCCACCGCAUUUACCGAAGAGCUGGCAGGAUCAAGAAGGCGCGCCUGCACGCACACGCGCCGGCCACCAGAGAAGUGGUCGUUCGGCUGAGGCCCCGGGACUUGAAGUCUACCCGGUCAGCCUCAGGUUCAUCUGUCUAAGCCUUCUUGGGCUGCAGCUCCAACUCGGACUCCGACCCCGCCUCCUUGCCCCGUUUAGAGGCGCCAUGCUAGAGAAAAUCCCACCGAACGCUGAGACUAGCAGGCUUCACUAUUGCGGCUGUCAUCGCCUGACGCGACUGGAGACCGCUAGGAGGCGCCGCUUCCGAGAACCGAGGCUCAGCUUCCGGGAGAUUGUGCGCCGACUUAAUCAUAGAGAAGCCAGCACCUCCUACUUCCGGCUUCCCAGGGCGCCCCGACGUUGUAAACGCAGUACUGAGCCCUUAGUUGCCGGACAAAGAGUGACGCCCCGAGCUGAAGUCAUGGCGGCGACGAGGCCGAGCUUGGCGACCACCGGGAGUCCUGCGGCUGCUCCGCCGGAACAGCAGGACGGAGCCGGCGCGAACUCAGACCCUGAGCCUAACUCUGCAGACCCUUCGACCCCAGAGGCCUGCUCGUCUACCCCCGAGCCCUGCAACCCCAACGCCGACAUUUCCGAAGCGAAUCUUACGCCCUCCGCGGCGGCUUCCGCGGUGCUAGAGCUGCCCCUUAGGCCCGCAGCCCUGGGCUCUGCGCCUCAGGCCCCUGCCGCCGCGCGCUCUCCGGCGGGCCCAAGCGGCUCGCGGCCAGGCCCUGAGACGUUCCGCCAGCGUUUCCGACAGUUCCGCUACCAGGACGCGGCCGGCCCCCGAGAAGCGUUCCGGCAGCUGCGGGAGCUCUCCCGCCAGUGGUUGCGGCCAGACAUCCGCACCAAAGAGCAGAUGGUGGAGAUGUUGGUACAGGAGCAGCUGCUGGCCAUCCUGCCAGAGGAAACACGGGCCCGGCGACUCCAGCGCCGUGCGGACGUGCGCAUCACUGGCUGAGCGGUGGAGAUGAGCCGAGCGCUCUUUGGACUGGGGCCCUGUUGGCUUUGGGACCGGAGCAUGGCACACCACCUCGUGUUAAUGAAAGAGUUUUGACAGCU